UUAACCCCGACGGUGCAAAACCUUAUAACGUAAACAUCUUUCUUUUUUUAUUCAGCAUUAGAAUGGCAACAAUACCACCAGUAACGAAGAUUUCUUCCAGGCUGAUAAGAAUUCUUGGAUGUAAUCCUGGCUCUAUGACGCUUCAAGGAACCAACACUUAUAUUAUAGGCUCGGGGAAACGACGAAUUCUGCUAGAUACCGGCGAUGAAAACGUCCCAGAAUACAUUGGACACCUGAAGCAGGUUAUAUCUGAUGAGAAAAUUUUAAUAAACGAUAUCAUCAUCUCCCACUGGCACCAUGAUCACAUUGGAGGAGUAGACGAAGUGCUCGAUGUCAUUGAGAAUAAAGAUUCCUGUAAGGUAUGGAAAUACCGUCGAAGUGAUGCUCCCGAAACAACUCUGAAAAAUGCCAGAAUUCUGGAAUUGAAGCAUGGCCAAAAGUUCAACAUCGAAGGUGCAACACUGGAAGUUAUCCAUACCCCGGGCCAUACUACUGAUCACAUCGUACUGGUUCUGCAUGAAGACAAUUCAUUGUUUAGCGCAGACUGCAUUCUAGGAGAAGGAACUACGGUUUUCGAAGAUCUUUACGAGUACAUGAAGAGUUUGCACAUCAUUCAAGAUGCAAAGCCUACGGUUAUCUAUCCUGGGCAUGGCAAUAUAAUUUUCGAUCCGGUGGAACGCAUUGCUCAAUACAUUAGCCAUCGUAAUCAACGGGAAGCGCAGAUUAUGUCAGUCUUCGAGAAACAACCAAGUGCUACUUUCGAUGAAAUGGAUAUAGUAAAACAGAUCUAUAAGGAUACACCGGAACAUCUUUGGAAAGCGGCAGCAUAUAACGUAAAUCAUCAUUUGCAAAAGCUUCUCGUUGAGAAGAAAAUUACUGAAGACGGGACUCGAUGGAAACUAAAACCGCAGGCAUCAUUGUAGCACCCAUGUUCAUUUUUUUGAUUGGGUAUCGUUUAGGUACGAUUGUUGAAAUAUUAAAUC